AUGGCUGUCACACAUCCAACUGUCUUAUGGGCACAACGUUCCAAUGAAAAUGAAGCAAGCAAAAACAUUAUUUAUUUGACCAUUGCUAUUCAAGAUCCUCAAAAUGAAAAAUUGGAAUUGACUUCAACUCAUUUAAGUUUUGAAGCUGAUUCUGCUGAAAACGAUAAUCAUUAUAAAUUGGAUUUGGAAUUCUUUGAAGAAAUCGAUACUGAAAACAGUAAGAAAUCACAAUCCGGACACAAUCUUUUCUUUAUUUUAAGAAAGAAGAACUUGAAGGAAGAAUACUGGCCUCGUUUAACUAAAGAAAAGGUUAAAUUACAUUAUGUUAAAACUGAUUUCGACAAAUGGGUUGAUGAAGACGAGCAAGAUGAGCAACCAGAAGAAGAAGACGACAUGCAAGGCAUGGGUGGUUUAGGUGGUCCUGGUGGUCCUGGUGGUCCUGGUGGUCCUGGUGGUGCCGGUAUGGGUGGUGCCGGUGGUGCUGGUGGUCCAGGCGGUGACUUUGAUAUCAGUAAAUUGGCUAGUCAAUUAGGCCAAGCUGGUGCUGGUGCUGGUGCGGAAGCCGGUGCUGAAGAUGAUGAAGAAGACGUUGAAGAAGUUACUAAAUAACUGCCGGUUCCCCUGAAUACUAAUCAUUAAAAAAAUAUAUAUAAGUUAUGAGUAAUGACAAAACUUCUCUUUAUUUGUCCUUUCCUAGUUUUUCUUUUCUGAUUUUUCUCUCUAGUUUAUAUUCAUGUAAAUUAAUAUUAUUCGAUAUUCAUCCAUUUAGAUAAAAGUAGCUCUAGCGAGAUCAUAUCCGAUGAUGCUUCGGUGUUGGGCACUUGGGUCUCGUCCACCCCAACUUCCACACAGUCUACCUCGCAUCUCGUCACCUUUAUCAAUUUGUAUAAGAGAUUCCCCCAGUAGUUAACUUUCUGCCCAUCUAGUUGCUCCGAAAAGUGCUCUAACACCCGGUAGAAUACUAACGUUUUGCAAUUCUCAUCCACGCAUCCUGGUGCCAUUGGAGAACCAGGAGUGUAAUGGCUUUUGGUUAGCAUUAUCAACUCUUCCCAUGACUCGACCAACACGACAUUGAUUC